AUUAAGUCGAGGAAAGUCUAAUAAAUAAAUGGAUGUUAGCCAAUUAAGGACGGUGUUUACUGGUGGAAGACCAUUAAUGGGCAGAGAAGAGGAGAGCGGCAAGUCUUCGGAGACGAAGCCAACUAAACAGAAACGACACAGGACCAGAUUUACUCCUACACAAUUGCAAGAGUUGGAGAGGAGCUUCGUUAAAACUCAUUAUCCGGACAUUUUUAUGAGGGAAGAAUUGGCCGUUAGAAUUGGUUUGACCGAAUCUAGAGUUCAGGUAUGGUUCCAAAACAGACGUGCCAAGUGGAAGAAACGCAAGAAGGCAGCCAACGUGUUUAGAAAUCCAAACUCGGUGUUACAGCCUCACGGAUUAGCUUUCGCUACAUCGAGUGGAGAAGCAUUAUGUUCGUUCGGAUCGUCUCCCGACACUCGAUGGACAAUGUCCAAUCCGCACACCCUCCCCCUGACACACCCUCUACAGCGUCAAACCGCUCUGACCCAAUCCCAUCAAGGAAUAACCCAGAUAUCCCGCCCUACGGCGGAAGAACAGGCAUUAGCUUGCUCUUCGGCCGUCUACCAAUCGGCAUACGGCAAUUUCAAUACUUUGACACCGCCCUCGGGAUUAGCUCCGCCCAAUAGUUUCCCCACUCCUCCACCGUCGGCCAAUCCCGCGUCCGGAUGCGCUCUCGGAAUGGCCGAGAUUGGUCACGGUAGCGGUGACAUGUGGAGAGGCAACAGCAUCGUUUCUCUCAGGAGGAGAGCGUUCGAACACUACUCCGCCGGAUUCAGAUGA